CUUUGCUGUUUUUUCAUUCCUUCACCGCUGCCAAAACAAACCAAGUCACACGUGUUCUCAAAACUUGCGCUUGCUUUAUAACAUAAUUCUAGUAAAAUCAUAAAUUUAUUUAUCUCUAAGUGUGAAAAUGGCUAAAAGAAAAACGGAUGUUGAUUUGCCAGGUUUCCCUUCGCUUGAAAACGUCGAUGGCGGUGAUGGUGAGAACACAAAGAAUAAAAGUUCAGGCAAAGCUAAGAAAAGCGGCGGAUUUCAAUCAAUGGGUAUAUCUUACGAAGUUCUUAAGGGUAUAACGAAAAGAGGAUACAAAAUACCUACACCCAUUCAACGAAAGACUAUACCUUUGAUAUUGGAAGGACGUGAUGUAGUGGCUAUGGCUAAAACUGGCUCCGGCAAAACAGCAUGUUUUCUCAUACCCAUGUUUGAGAAAUUGAAGAACCGCGAACCCACAAAAGGAGCGCGUGCAUUGAUUCUCUCUCCCACAAGAGAGUUGGCUGUACAAACUUACAAAUUUAUCAAAGAUUUGGGUCGUUUUAUGGACCUUAAAACUAUUUUAGUACUUGGUGGCGAUUCAAUGGACUCUCAGUUUUCUGCCAUACACACUUGCCCGGACAUAAUUGUAGCCACACCUGGUCGUUUUCUGCAUUUAUGUGUCGAAAUGGACCUUAAGCUGAAUUCAGUAGAAUAUGUGGUGUUCGAUGAAGCAGAUCGGUUAUUUGAAAUGGGUUUCGGUGAACAACUGAAUGAAACAUUGCAUCGUCUGCCUACAACGAGGCAAACAGUUCUAUUUUCGGCGACGCUACCUAAGCUGUUGGUAAAUUUUGCUCGAGCUGGUUUGAAUGACCCCAUUUUGUUGCGUUUAGAUGUUGAUUCGAAGUUACCAGAGGGGUUAAUGCUUAAAUUCUUAUACUGCCGCCCGGACGAGCGAUAUACGGCUUUAGUAGUGCUGCUCAAAUACGUAAUACCACCAAAUGCUCAAACUGUAGUAUUUGCUGGUACACAGCAUCAUGUUGAAUUAAUAUGCUUUAUUCUAUCAAAGUGCGGAAUAUCCAACACGGCAGUGUAUUCUAGUUUAGAUCCUACGGCACGGAAAAUUAAUACUGCAAAAUUUGUCAAUAAGAAGGUAUCUGUGCUAACCGUAACCGACGUAGCAGCACGCGGUAUUGACAUACCAAGUUUAGACUAUGUGGUAAAUUUACAUUUUCCUGGAAAGCCAAAACUGUUCGUACAUCGUGUAGGUCGCUGUGCACGUGCUGGACGAACCGGCACCGCCUAUUCGAUAUUCUCUACUGAUGAUGCUGCUCAUGUUCUUGAUUUACAUUUGUUUCUUAAUCGUUCAUUCAAUAUAAAUGACAACAAAGUGGUUGGUGUUACGCCCCAGGAUUUGUUGGAAGAAGAUCAUCUGUCUGUGACAGAAAUUAAGAAAAGUCAUGAUAUUGCUGGAGUACUAAGAACAAGUGAAAAUGCGUACAAAAAAUAUUUGUCAUCACGUCCUGUAGCCUCGACGGAGUCAAAUGCGCGCAUAAAAAAUAUUAAGUUUUACAGUUGCAAACCCUUAGACGAUUUUCUAUCAGCAGCGCUAACACUCGAAAAAUCAGAAGAUUUGAAUGGCGAAAACAAUAAGAAAUCGGCAGAAGUUCAGGCGUCAGAAGUACGCAAACAACAGGAAGAUAAACAUGAUUUAAUGAUAAAAAUGCGCAACUUUAAGCCAUCUACAACGAUUUUCGAACUGAACCGUAGCCAAAGAUCUCUACCGUUUACUAUAAUGAAAGAAAAACGCACAAAACACACCGAUGUUAUUGAGAAAUAUAGGAAUAAAAUGGAUGAAAUUGAUAAGGAGGAGGCUAAUAAACAAUUCGCAGCCACCGAAAAAGAAGAGAUGGAUGAAGCGGAUGCAGAUGAUAUUAAUUCAGCUUUUGAUACAAUCGUCGCUCCAAAGAAGCGCAAAAAUCUAGAAGAUUUAUACAAGAACAAGAAGAAAAAGAAGAAGACAAAUACUAAAGACACUGAGAACUAUAUCCCUUACCAGUCGGCGGAUAAACACACCGAAGAUGGCCUUGCGAUUAACUCUUUCGACCGUCAAGCCAUGAAUGCUGAAUUCUCAGUGGUCGAUCGUGAUAACUCUGCAGAUAUGCGCCAUAAGCCGGGUAUGAAGAAAUGGGAUCGCAUCAAAAAGAAAAUGGUAUCAGUGCAGGAUCCGCGCGCUGGCAAAAUACGUACCGAAUCUGGAGCCUGGAUUCCGGCUUCGUUUAAGACCGGUCGUUACAAUGACUGGAAAGAAAAGUCUAAAAUCGAAGAACAACUGCAGCGUGAAGCCGGCAGUGACGAUGAUGGCUUUAAGCCACUUUCUCAUUCGCAGCGUUACCCUGUGGGCCGACAUGCGCGUCACAAUGCGAAGGUAGCGGCUAAGAAGCGCGAAGGUGGUGGUGAUAAAGAAUUGCGACAUCCAGAGCAAAUCGUUAAAGCACGUAUGCGCUUGGAGUUGAUUAAGAAGCGUAAUACUGAAAAUGCGUUGCGUAAAGCAGAGAAUAGGAAGCGCAGCAUGCGGAAGAAUCAGCGUACUAAGUUGAAAAAGGGUGGUAAAAAAUAGGGACAUAACAGAUAAAGGUUCAGUGCGGUAUUUUCGUUUUUUUUUUUAUUACAUAUAUCUGUAUAUAAUAU